AGCCCAAUGAAGAAACACUCCCUCAUCCUUCGCUCUCUUCAUCUCUCUCUAUUACAGCGGCGCUUUGUCGCUUAAUUGGCAUAAGCCUUGACAAAUUUUUUGCAGGAAAAGGGCGCAUACAAAUCUCCUUCUCGAAUUAUAUAUCCAUCUCCGGGAAUUGCUGGAACUGGGGCCUUCUUGCUUCAUCGGUGCUUGAAGAAAUCGAACGCGAAUAAAGAUUUAUUCUUUUCACCUUCUGGCAGUUAGGAGAAGUUAAUAGAGAUGAGCGACUUUGAACGUGGAAAGCUCCGGAACAUAUGCAUUCUUGCACACGUGGAUCAUGGCAAGACCACGUUGGCAGACCACUUGAUUGCUUCUUCUGGAGGAGGAGUACUUCACCCGAAGCAAGCUGGCAGGCUUAGGUUUAUGGAUUACUUGGAUGAGGAGCAGAGGAGGGCUAUUACCAUGAAGAGUUCUUCCAUUGCUCUUCAAUAUCAGGAUCACUGUAUCAACCUUAUAGACUCUCCAGGACACAUGGACUUCUGCAGUGAGGUAUCCUCGGCUGCCCGCUUGAGUGAUGGAGCUUUAGUAUUGGUUGAUGCAGUAGAGGGUGUUCAUAUUCAGACCCAUGCUGUUCUUCGCCAAGCAUGGAUUGAGAAGCUUACACCUUGCCUCGUCUUGAAUAAGAUAGAUAGGUUGAUUUCUGAAUUAAAAAUGAGUCCUAUGGAGGCGUAUACCCGGUUACAAAGGAUUGUCCAUGAAGUGAAUGGGAUCAUGAGUGGGUACAAGUCUGAAAAGUAUUUGUCAGAUGUUGAUUCGCUUCUAUCCUCCCAAACAGGAGAUGUGAACGAUGAGACCUUUGAUUCCAUAGAUGAUGAUGAAGAGGACACUUUUCAACCCCAGAAGGGUAAUGUAGUAUUUGUAUGCGCACUUGAUGGGUGGGGCUUUAGUAUUAGUGAUUUUGCUGAAUUUUAUGCUACCAAACUUGGCGCAAGUGCAUCUGUACUGAGAAAGGCGUUGUGGGGCCCUAGGUAUUUCAACCCAAAGACUAAGAUGAUUGUGGGCAAGAAGGGAGUUAGUAGUGUAUCCAAAGCUCGGCCGAUGUUUGUACAGUUUGUGCUUGAGCCACUGUGGCAGGUUUACCAAGCUGCCCUUGAAGGGGAUGGUGGCAAGGGGAUGCUUGAGAAAGUCAUUAAGUCAUUCAAUCUGUCCAUACCUGCCCGUGAGCUUCAGCAUAGAGACACAAAAGCGUUGCUUCAAUCAGUUAUGAGCCGCUGGCUUCCCUUAUCCAACACUGUUUUGUCGAUGGUUGUUAAAUGCAUGCCUGAUCCUGUGUCUGCCCAGUCUUUUCGAAUAUCUCGCUUGCUUCCAAAGAGAGAAGAUGGUGGGGGGAACUCUGAUGUGUUUGCUCAAGCUGAACUCGUAAGGAAAUCAGUGGAGACAUGUGAUGCCAGUGAUGAAGCACCCUGUGUUGCAUUUGUGUCCAAAAUGUUUGCUGUUUCAUCUAAACUGCUUCCCCGUGGAGAAACUUUAAAUGAAAGUGAAAACGGUGAUCCCGAUGAAGAAUGUUUCCUAGCAUUUGCCAGGAUAUUUAGUGGGGUUCUUCACUCCGGGCAGAAGAUUUUUGUUCUUUCCGCUCUUUAUGAUCCAUUGAAGGCUGCCGAGUUGGUCCAUAAACAUGUGCAGGAGGCUGAGUUGCAUGGUUUGUAUCUAAUGAUGGGUCAAGGAUUGAAGCCUGUCGCUUCUGCUAAGGCAGGGAAUGUUAUUGCCAUUAGAGGUCUUGGCCAACACAUAUUGAAAAGUGCUACCCUUUCAUCUACACUCAACUGCUGGCCUUUCUCGACUAUGGUUUUCCAGGUUGCACCCACUCUUAAGGUUGCAAUUGAGCCUUCUGAUCCUUCUGAAAUGGGUGCACUCAUGAAGGGUUUAAAGCUUCUGAACCGCGCGGACCCAUUUGUCGAGGUUACCGUUUCUGCCAGAGGUGAACAUGUGCUUUCUGCUGCAGGAGAGGUGCAUCUUCAAAGAUGCAUUAAAGAUUUAGAGGAGAGAUUCGCAAAGGUCAAUUUGGAAGUCUCAAAACCCCUUGUAUCAUUCAGAGAGACCAUUGAAGGUGACAUGUUAACCUUUCUUGAAAACUUGAAAAUGCUGAAUAAAGGGAAUGACUUUAUUGAGAAAACAACGCCAAAUGGAAGAUGUGUUGUUCGAGUGCGAGUUGUGAAGCUUCCAAAUGCAUUAACUAAGCUGCUCGAUGAAAGUUCAUCUCUGCUUGGAGGUGUCAUUGGAGGUAAAUCAUCAUUGCACACUUUUAAAAGUCUGGAAGGUGCUGCUAACAUAAUGGAAGAUGAAAAUCCUAUUGAAGCACUCAAAACACGCAUGGAGGAUGCUGUGGAGAGUGAAUAUAUUGCUAGAUUUGCAGGAACAGAAGAUUCUGAUAGGAUUGAAAUUUUCCAAAAAUUGUGGCAGAAGUUUGUAAAAAGGAUGUGGGCUCUAGGACCUUGGCAAGUUGGGCCUAAUAUUCUCCUCACGCCAGAUUUAAAAACCGGUGAUGGUGAAGGUUCUUCAGUUCUCAUCAGAGGCUUCCCUCACGUAUCUGAAAAAUUGGGUUUUCUAGAUUUAGUAUCCAGCAGUAGCACUUCACCUUCCGAAUCCUCACCCGAUCAAGUAUUGUUGAGAGAAGUAGAGAGUCUUGAGAGCAGUGUAAUGUCAGGGUUUCAGUUAGCCACUGCAGCUGGACCUUUAUGUGAUGAACCCAUGUGGGGACUGGCAUUUUCCAUUGAGGCAUUCAUACACCCAUCUAAUGUGCAUUCUAGUGGCGCUGAUUCAUCUGCACCCCAAGUAGUAGACCAGUAUGGUGUUUUCUCUGGACAAGUCAUGACGGCCGUCAAGGAUGCCUGUCGAGCAGCCGUGCUUCAGAAGAAGCCUCGUUUGGUCGAGGGGAUGUAUUUUUGUGAGCUGAACACCCCAACUGAUUUUCUGGGCGCCGUGUAUGCAGUUCUUGCCCGGAGACGGGCAAGAGUCAUCAAGGAGGAAAUGCAAGAAGGCUCCCCAUUGUUCACUGUGCAUGCAUAUGUGCCAGUUGAGCAGAGCAUCGGCUUCGCUGAUGAGCUUAGGAGAUGGACUUCCGGCGCCGCCAGUGCUUUACUUGUCCUCAGCCAUUGGGAAGCGCUUCCGGAAGAUCCUUUCUUUGUGCCCAAGACUGAAGAAGAGUUGGAAGAGUUUGGUGAUGGCUCAAGCGUCCUCCGGAACACGGCAAGGAAGCUUAUUGAUGAUGUGAGGCGGCGGAAGGGUCUUCCCGUGGAGGAAAAGGUUGUCCAACAUGCUACGAAACAAAGAACCUUGGCUCGGAAGGUUUAGGUAACUUAAAGCAGAUGGUUUUGUAAUUGUAAGGUAUACAGUAGGUUAUCUUCUUUAUUCAAUGUUUGAAUCAUAAGCUUCUGCUGGGGAUAUACCCUCUUUCUAAAGUCUUUUUGACAGUUAUCUGGAACGCAACAGGGAAAAAUACAACUCAUGCUAAUCAAAAUUGUAUAUGAACAAUGUUUGUCUCUAUCAUGUCUAUAUAAACAGACCUUGCAACUUUUAUUAUUUGUGAGAAGGG